CUAGCCAUGCUGAAUAUUUGUUACACUACAAGACUUUCUUAGUUUUGUUUGGGCUACCUGUGUUCUGCAGAGCCGUCUUUGUCACCACUCACCCCUCCCUGUGAAAAAAUAUUUGUUUCGUAUCUCCUUGGUAACGGUGGAUCUUGUCCAGAACACAUCCAAACAUGGCGACCAUGGCGGUGGCCCCGUCCGCUCGCGCCGAAACCACUGGUUCGGUGGCCUCGAGUUUCGAUCAUUUACCCCAAAAAGCCAAAGAAAAACAGAAGGCGAAAGCCAAGGAAGUGAAUGAUCCACUUAAAGUACUAGACCCCGCUCGUAAGAAGCUAUCUUCUGUUGAAUCCCAACGAGUGAUUUCCGUCCUCGACGACACUAUUCGCAGAAUAGAAAUUGGUUCUUUACUGCCUUUCAUUGCUGAAAACCUUGAGCGAUAUUCCGUUAUCUUAGGAUCAGAACUUUCGUUGCUUAUAAGUGAACACGACAAGCUUCAACAUGCGUACCAAAAGGCAGUAUCCAAGUUUGAACUGGAGCAAAAACGCGCGCGCUCGGCUUCACCUCAAACUUCAGUUUCAACGCCUGCCUCGUCUCGCCGUGGAAGCGUUAUCGAAGGAGAAGAAUCCCAAACCCCGGGAACACCUACAGUACAGAAAACCAGCCGUACAAGCUCUGUUGCAAGUGCCAUUUCAUCGCAUAAAUCAGGGCGGUCAGCGCGAAGCAGUGACAUCGGUGAAGUUGAUGCCGAACGGGUACAACAGUUGUCAAUGAUGCUACAACAAUCUUUACGAACUCUACUUCGGCAGUUUUCCCGAAACCCGACAGCAAUGACCGCCAUACGAACUGAGAGACACGAACGUUCGUUCGAGUCUAACUCCAUGAUAGACGAACUCUCUGCUAUUAGAGCAGUGUUAUUUGAGCGGUUGUUGACUACUCCGAGCGAGCUUAAAGAUAGAGAUAAGUAUUUGAUGGCGGUGGCAGAACGCCAGAAGAGAUCAAGUCAGAUGGCUGAUAAGCUACAAGAUGAGCUGCAAAACGCUAUAGAUGAUAGAGAUAAUGAGAUUGCAAAAAGAAAUGAAAUUAUCCGACGUCUUAAAAACGAUAUUUUCAAUGUGGAUAAAAAUGCUGAAGAGCAAAAUAAACGGAUCGUAACUGAAGCUAGCAAGCAAGAUGCUGCCGAAAUGAAAAACUCUGAUGGAAAGAAAGCUAAGCUUCAGCAAGAAUUGAUUGAAACUAAAAAGAAGCUUGAAGCACAAACAGUAUCCCAUAGAGAGAGUGAGCUUGCCCUAAGAAAGCGCAAAUACAAGAUUGAAACAGAAGUGGAGAACUGGAUCCAGAAGUUUGAUAAUGACAUGGGUGAAAGACAGGAUGAGUUCGAUGCCCUUGAUGUCGUGUACACAGAGGAGAAAAAGCAGCUCCAGGAACUUGAGGAAAGAUUUAAAACACUUGAGGCAGAGUAUGUACAGAUUGUUGAAGAGAGGAGAAUCGCUAAAGAGAAAGCCGAGGCAGCCGAAAGGGAACUAAACCUAAAAAUAAGAGCUGCACGACUUAUUCAGGCUAUGUGGAGGGCCCACAAGGCAAGAAAAGCCCUUCAGAAGAAGAAAAAGAAAGGAAAGAAGGGGAAGAAAGGAAAAAAGAGCGGGAAAAAGAAAAAGUAGAUAGCUACCAUGAUUUAACCGUUUUAUUUGAAAAAUAUGUAUACCGAUUGACCCCACUAAAAUAUGUUUUACAUCUCAUAGCUAAGCUCAAUUGGUUCACCCCUGUUCUGUGAAUGUUUGCUGAAAACAUAGGGAUUCCCUCUAUUGUCCGUGGGUUCCAUAAAAUUCAUACAUUGUUUUUUAAUGAGCAUUUCUUCAAGUUUUAUUAAGGUCGUCUUCAGACUUUUGUAAAUGUAUUAACUGUGUACUGUACAUAUUUGUACUGUACAUAGCCAUUCAGGUAUUACAAUAAAAAAAUAUAUUGCACACGA